UUCAGGUAUGUGAGGUAUGUUCUGUGUAUUGAAAAAGGAACCAAGAAUCACCAUCUGUUGUCAUGAAAGUAAUAUACCACUUCCUUUAAAGGUGUUAUGCAGCACAGAGGAGGCUUCAGAAACAACCAUGAAUGCCUCUGAUUACAACAUAGCAGAUGGCGAUGAUUAUGAAGAUGAGGUUUGUGAGAAAGGAGAGUUGGUCCAAUUUGGAUCAAUAGCAGUUCCUGUCUUUUUUUCUGUUGUGAUCAUACUGAGUCUCAUUGGCAACAUUCUAGUUAUGGUCAUUUUGGCCUUGUAUGAAAACCUCAAGACUCUUAACAACAUCUUGAUCCUCAAUCUUGCAAUCUCUGACCUAUUAUUCACUGCCGGACUGCCGUUCUGGGCAAUCUACCACAUCUGGGGUUGGUUCCUGGCAGACAUGCUCUGCAACAUUGUGAGCUUCAUCUUCUACACUGGAUUUUACAGCAGUGUUCUAUUGCUGACCGUUAUAACCCUCCACCGGUAUUGGGCCGUGGUCCACCCUUUGUCCAAGCAAGGCAGUCAGAAAGCCGGCUAUGCGGUUGCUGUAUCGAUAACUGUGUGGUUGGUCAGCAUAGGGGCAGCCAUGCCUUCGAUGCUCUUCAGCACUGUCGUCCCUCUCCCCCACAGAAACGGGACAACAAAUGCCUGCCAAUACAAAGACGCCGCAUGGACAAAUGUGAGCACCUAUCAACAGAACUUGAUUUUCUUUGCCGCUUUCACAGUCAUGAGUUUCUGCUAUGUAAGGAUAGUGAGGACGAUCAGGAGAACAAGGUCCAACAGGAAAAACAGGACUUUGAAAUUGAUUUUUGGUAUUGUGGCUGUGUUCUUCCUUGGUUGGAUACCAUACAAUGUCGUAAUUUUUCUGAGAAGGUUAUCUCAUCACUUGGUUCCACCAUUCGAUGAUUGCGAUGUGAGCACUAGGCUUGAUUAUGCAUUCUUUGUGUGCCGACUUAUUGCGUUCUCCCAUUGUUGUCUCAACCCAGUGUUUUACGCAUUUGUCGGCGUAAAGUUUAGGACGCAUCUAAAAUCCCUCUUGUAUCGUAAGUCCUGUGACAAAAGUAAGGUAGAAGAGGCAUCCAAUCCAUUCAUUUAAUUAGAUAAAUGGACAUAAGCUGCUUUUUAAAUACUGUUGGAUAAAUGUUGAUUUCAAUCUCACUGAUUAAUAUUAAUUUAUGAAAACUAAUACUGUUCGAGAAAAUAAUGAAACUUUAAUUAAACUAAAUACGCAUCAGUCAUACAAUUAUGAUAAAUCAAAAUGCAUUGUUCAUUGUAGAUUUUCCUUGAAUUUGAUACAGGCAUUUGCUUUUGUUUCCAAUGAUAAUAUUUACAAUUUCUCAUGGCUAUAUUGUGUUAUACAUUUGCAAUUCAUGUUGCCUGCAUUUUGAAGAUUAAUUGGAUUGUAAGAGGGGUUUAAUCUAAUAAUAAACACGUCAUAUAUUUUCGAUCAUUAGCUGAGUGCUGCAUGCAGCACUCAGAUAUUCUACUUUUAAAAUAUUAUAUAUUUUUUAACAUGAGAGUCAAUGGGAGUACUUCAAACUGUUUAAGACUUAACAAAAUCAUUUUUCAACCGUUUAUCUUCGUUCAAACCAUUUAACAAAUCUAAACACUAAAAUCUAAAAUCUAACCUUCAAUGAUAUCCAAACGGAACUUCGACAUCAUUCAUACUUUAUUCAGAAUCACAGUUUUAGUUUCAUACCGGCUUCGUUUUCAGGUUAGAUUUACGUUGAUGCUGGAGCGUGAGGACGUUCAGCAGUGUUGCCAGAUUGGGCGGUUUUUCCCGCCAGAUUGGGCUACCUUUGAAAGACGUUCAGGCAGUGUUGCCAGAUUGGGCGGUUUUCCCCGCUUUAUUUGGCUAUUUUUAAUCACGCACCUGCUCACUAUUCUCUUAAAGACACACACACACACACACACACACACACACACACACACACACACACACACACACACACACACACACACACACACACCCCCCCCCACACACACACACACACACACACGCACACACACACACACACACACACACACACACACACACACACACACACACACACACACACACACACACACACACACACACACACACACACACACACACACACACACACACACACAC